CUGAAAGCAGUUUGGCAGUUGGACGAGUAGCUACUGACAACAUCGCAGGGGGCAACUGCACUUCUUCAGUUUCUAGACCGCAGGCAGCCCGGGAGCGGAGGUUAGGACAUACAAACGGGCGACGCACGCCGUCCUAAAUUUAAUCCGUCGUCAUUUUCUUGCAGAAUAGCAAUGUUCAUUUUGAUUUUUUUCCAGUUUGCUUUGAGGCAAGACUAAAACGCGACUUGAAGGAACUUAGCGGGUGUUUUUUUUUUUGGGAAUGCUUCCUCAGUCUGCCAGUGAAGAGCAGAGAGUGACAUUCCUAUCUGUCAGUUUACAUCUGAAGACAUGUUGUACUGGACUCUGCCUGACUGGAAAGUACUGCUGCUGACUGUACUGCUGUGGGACCGCGUCUGUGCCUUGGGACUGAAACCCACGAGAUGGCCACUGUAUUCCCAAAAGCCUCUGCUCCUCGCUUGGAAUGCCCCGACUGAGGACUGUGCCCCGCGGCAUGGUAUUCACUUUCAGCUGGACCAUUUCCAAAUUGUGGCCUCACCCAAUGAGGGAUUUGUCAGACAGAACCUCACCAUCUUCUAUAAGGACCGCCUAGGCUUGUACCCCUACUUUGAGCCAGAUGAAACGGCGGUGAACAGGGGGCUGCCACAGUUGGCCAGUCUCACGCAGCACCUGGAGAAGAUGCAGGACGGCGUGCAGAAGUAUAUACAGGAACGAGGGGCCAAGGGUCUGGCAGUUAUUGACUGGGAAGAGUGGCGCCCACUCUGGAUACGUAACUGGAAACCCAAAGAUGUUUACCGCAAACAUUCUCAGGCCUUGGUGUGUCAGAAGAACCCAACAUGGCCUCUAGAGCAGGUGAGAAAAGUGGCCCAGCAGGAGUUUGAGAUGUCUGCCAGGAAGUUCAUGCUGGAGACCCUGAAGCAUGCCAAGAACCUGAGGCCUAACCAGCUUUGGGGUUUCUACCUCUUCCCUGACUGCUACAAUCAUGACUACAGGCUGACCCUGGAGAACUACACAGGCCGCUGUCCUGAUGUGGAGGUGGCCCGCAAUGAGCGGCUGAAAUGGCUGUGGACCGAGAGCACAGCUCUCUUCCCCUCCAUCUACAUGGGCACUGUGCUGCGCAACUCAGCUUCCGGUCGCCAGUUUGUCCGGAACCGAGUGAAGGAAGGGAUGCGUUUGGCUUCAUCGGGCGAUGGGUUGGCGCGUCCUGUCUUUGUGUACACCAGGCCCACCUAUGCCAACUCCCUGGAACAGCUGACAGAGACUGACCUUGUCUCCACCAUCGGGGAGAGCGUGGCUUUGGGGGCAGCAGGAAUCAUCAUGUGGGGAGAUGCAGCUUAUGCAAGCAGCAAAAACAGCUGCGCCAGUCUGGAAAAAUAUCUGAGGACCUCGCUGAGUCAAUACCUCCUCAACGUCUCCACGGCAGCAGAGCUGUGCAGCCAGACCUUGUGUGGUUCUCACGGCCGCUGUCUACGCAAAGAUCCAGACAGCAACGUUUAUUUGCAUCUGAACCCGCUCACCCACAGUAUCAGUCAGGGAGGUGAGCUGACAGUUACCGGCGAGCUCAGUGAAGCAGAGAAGAAGAGAUUUCAAACAGAGUUUCGGUGCCAGUGCUACAGUGGCAGCGAAGGAGAGAGCUGCGUUCAAACAAGGGUGCCAUCUCAAGCCACUAUUCUGUCGGCACUGCAGUGUGCGACCGUAGUGAUCAUCUCUCUGCUCCUCUGUUAAUACACCAUAAAUACUGUAGACAUAGCUGCAUUUAACAUAUCUAAAUACAAGCGCACACUAACUGACAAGUUUUAAGGAAUGAGGAGUGUCAUUUCUUUGUCUUUUAAUUGCUGUAAAUGGAUGACACAAAGUGAAAUUUUCUAAGAAGCACAAAUGAAAUGCAAAGUUAUAUUUGUUUAAAACUUUUAAUCUUUUUUUUUUUUUUAAACAGUGCAGGGCUUGAUGGAAAUGACCUUGUUUACAUUUUGCUCACAAUUUCCUCUCAGUAACUGUUUCCCAAGGUGUCAAAUUCCAUGUUUGUCAUAGAGAGGAUGUUUUCUGAGGGAAAUCUGAUGAAUGAGUUGAUGUUUUUCAGUAGAUGUGUGGUGAAAGUGGAAUUGAUGCACUUAAAUCUGGUCAUAGCGCAUUAUAUCUGAAGUGCCUUUUUUCAACAUGACUUCUCUCUGACAUCUGAUGUUUUUAUGGAGGCAGUUAAAGUGUUAUUAUUUAUUUGAAUGUAUUUUUAGUUGUUUUGUAUGAUAUUUUGUUAUUUUGAUGUCCAAAUCAUGACUACUAUCUGAAAAUACUACAUUGCUCAAGUCAUACUCAAAAUAACCAUUCUGUAUUUCAGCAGCUAUUUUACAACCAAAGCACAAUGUAAAAAGCAAAUUUCUGCCACUUUGUGUGUUUCACAGUUUCACUUGUAUCACUGCCUCUCUCUCUGCUGUUCUCACAUUUGAGUUUUGUCGACAUAAAUAAACUUAUUUGACAAGG